AUGCGACUCGCAACCCUCGCCCUACUCGCCGCUCCAGCGGCGGCCGCAAAAUCCUACCUGAGCUGGAUGGCCGACUCGUGGAUCCUCAACAAUCGCGAGGACGAAGGCGCCUACUGGUACGGACGGGCCACAAUCUACGAAGGCUACGAAGCCGCGUAUGAACUCUACGGCAACGAAACCCUCCUCUCCUGGUACCACGCCCAGAUCGAUGAUAUUGUCAAUGAAGACGGAAGCAUCGUCGACUUCAACGAAACAUACUACUCGCUAGACGACUACCGGAUCGGGAACAACUUCCUGUACUGGUACGAACGCACAGGCGAAGAAAAGUUCCGACUGGCAGCGGAUCGGAUCCGCGCGAUGCUCGAUCGGCACCCGCGCACUGAGACAGGCGGGUUCUGGCAUCGCCAGCCGGUCUACCCUAACCAAAUGUGGCUGGACGGGAUCUUCAUGGCGGACGUCUUCUACGCGAAGUGGACAAAGCUCUUUGAUGCCAAAAACCGUACAGCAUGGGAUGAUAUCGUCCUACAGUGGGAUAAGAUCGAGGCCGUGACGCGCGACCCCGGGGGCACAGGCCUCCUGGUUCACGGUUUCGACGAAAGCAAGACGGCGAUCUGGGCGGACCCGGUGACCGGGGCAUCGCCUCUUGUCUGGAACCGCGCGGUCGGGUGGUACUUCGUCUCGCUGAUUGAGGUCCUCGACAUCUACCCCAAGCAUUUGCCCGGCUACAAGCGGCUGCUGGGCUACUACAAGCGCCUUGCGGGUGCCCUCAAGGAGGCACAGGAUCCCAAGACGGACGGGUGGUAUCUUGUCCUGAGCAAGGAGUAUAUUGGCGCGGAGGGCAACUACUUCGAGUCAUCGGCUGCAGCGAUGUUCACGUAUGGCUGGCUUGCGGGUCUGCGACGUGGUUACCUCGAUGAGCGGAAGUUCUCGAGACCCGCGGCGAAGGCGUACAGACAUCUAAUUGACGACUUUGUCACGAAGCAUCGCAAUGGGACGCUCACUUGGGAGGGGACGGUGCAGGUUGGUUCGUUGAACAGUAAUGCGACCUUUGAGUACUACACCAGCAUUCCUGUUGUCCCGAACGAUACCAGGGGUGUCGGACCGUUCUUGCUUGCCGCGUAUGAGUGGGAGCUUCGUCAGAAGCAUAAGUAA